CCGCCGGGCCGAGCGCCGCCGGGAGGAAGAGACUGCGGCGGGAGGCGCGGACGUGACCCCGGCGGCCGCUCGGUCGCUCCCCGUUCCUCCCGGUCCCGGCCGUCGGUCGGCACUUCGCGGGGCCCGCGUGACCGUCGGCGCCAGGCCCUGGGCGAGCGGCGGCACGGGGCUCAUGGCCACGGCGGCGUCCUCCCUGGCCCUCAGGGCCUCGAGCCCGGCCGCGGCGCCCAGCCCCUACGGAGUCUUCUGCAAGGGGCUCUCCCGCACGCUGCUCGCCUUCUUCGAGCUGGCUUGGCAGCUGCGCGCGAACUUCCCAUACUUCUACGUCGCGGGCUCCGUGGUCCUCAACAUCCGCCUGCAGGUACACAUUUAGCAUCGGGAUCCCGGGCCUGCAACGAGGCCGACUCCCCGAGGCCCGGCGACCGAGCGGAACCGCGAGCGAGAGUGCCGCAGUGUCGCGAGAGUGCCCGGGUGCCCUCGGCGCCUGCGCGCUCCGUCCGCAGCGGAGCUCCGCGCGCGAUGCUGCCGGGCUGCUGGGCCAAGAAAGGCUGUGAGCGGUUUUGAGGGAGCAGACAAGACCUUCAGUUACAGCUGGCGACAAUGUUCAGGAAGCUUUGCAUCCUAAAAACAAAACAAGACAACGACAGGACACAUUUUAAAGAAGAAAGGCAACUAAGGUUUUCAGAAAAAAUCUUUUAGUACAACAAGCUCAUGGACCAAGUUAAAACAAGAAAUCCUAAAUUUCGGGAAUAUGGGAUUGGAUUGUAAGCAAGACAGUUGCGUAAGAAAUUGAAGAUCUUAAAGAUAUAAUGUGGAUGGCAAAUACAUUUUCUUCAUCUCUGGGAGAAAACAACGGCAAUUAGAAAUUUACAGGAGAAAAAAAAAAGCCUGUACGGAAAAGCACCCUUCUAAUACCAAAAAUGAAAAAUGCUGCAGAAUUUGAACAGAGGGUUGGCGUGUAAGAAAAUGGGCUCUAUUUCGGUGUCCCCGGGAAUAGCUUGUGGUUCAAGACCAUGGAGCCAAAGAAAAAAGGAUAUCUACAGCUUGGCCGUUUUAUGAAUAACAUUUAAAUAAUCAAAACAACUAAUGUAAAUGCUGUUUGUGGUUUUCUUUUAAGAGAAUACUUAGUUAUGGUUACAAAGUAGAAUGCAAAUAUUAACAGCCUUGAUUAUUGUAAGAGUACAUUUUACAAGUGGGAAUGUUGAAGCGGGAGAGAGAAGUGAAUGGAAAGGCAGUGCUGACCCUACAGAGGAAGGUGAGAGUCUGUUGAUGAUGGGGGUAAGCAUUUUAUUACUUUAAGGAGUAGCCGUACUUGCUAAAAUAGUAAUAUGACUGUAUUAACGAGAGAGGAGAGGGGAACUGCGUGAAUUCAGUAAGAAACGCCUGAAGACGGGAAGUUCAGGUGUUCGAAUAUAUGGGUAAGAGAUUUUUUUUUCCAGAGAGUCUGGAGAGGAAUUAAUGGUCUGCAGAUUUUUUCUCAAUUAAGGAAACAAAUCUGAGGCAAUUUCGAGCCCCCAAAAUUUAAAGUUUUUCAAGAACUACCUCAACUGUGAAUAAUACUAGUCAUAGAAAGUCCUAAUUAUGUAAACACUGAAUACCAACAUCACAAGAAAUGAUUAUGUAACAUUGGGGGGUACUGAAUAGGAGAUGUGUAUGUAAGAGGGAGAAUCAGGCAAGAUCUAAUAUAGAGAAGUUAAUUCUAAAAGUGUAAAUAUUCAGAAAAAACUACCAUGAGAAAUUGACAAGUGGUUGUCUCUGGAGGAAAAAAAAAACAGAUGGGUUGAGAAAAGGUGGAGGAUUGUUGUUUUUCACUACAGUCUAACAGCAUUAUUUUGGUUUUUCUUAAUUAUGUAUGUGUAUUUCUUUGAUUACAAAUUAAGUAAAUUUCCUUUUUAAAAGUGCCCCAGGUAACGGAAAUGUACACCACUGGUUAAAAGCCAGCAGAGUAAAAAGGAAUUGAGUUU